GGAAUCAAUUCUACUUAUUUAUUUAAAGCCAUUCUUGUGUGCCAUGUAUUUGGUGCUUGGAUAACUUUCCUAAUGUCUGCUUCAAGGACUACUAUUACUAUACUAUUCUAAAUCUAAGUGGUUUCUUUUCCUGCUUUUCCACUGCUAAGGGGGGGUGUGGUCUUCUUUGCCAUAUUUUUUCCUAUUUCCCCGCCCCAACCCCCAUCUGGGAAAUGUGCUAUGGAGCUUACAGGCCUCUUUCUGUAUCUUAUGAAAAGUCUUUGCCUGGCACUUGUGCAAACGCUGCAUGCUUUAUUGUAAGACCUUUGACGGCAUUCUGACAAGUGAUUAUUUCUCUGGCUUGUAGCUCCUUUAAGCAAAUACAACUUCAAGUCCAAUGACAGUAUCUGCUGAAGGCCUGCUGGAGCUGCAAGUCAAGGGCUUAUGUAUGCUCCCGCCAUGUGCAGCACUUGUAAGAAGUACCAGCCCUCUCCCUUUUGGGCGGUGGGCAAGUUCAUUUAAAAAAUCAAGAAAUGUCCUUUGGUUUUAAACACACCUUACUGUUCUCAGGGUAACAGCUUACUUCAUUUAGAAGGCCGUGGAAGCAAAUCUUAAGGUUAGAAAACAAAACAAAACAAAAACAAACAAACACAUCUACUAUCUGGAAAAUUCAAAAGGGCCCUCCUUGUGGUAAAAGUGGCAUUUUGAAAAACACCUGAAAAGCACUGAUGGUGGGUGAGCCAGCAGAGAAAUAUUGUCACCAAACCUCCCUCCUUUCAACCUUCACCCCUACCUUCCAGCAAGACCUGCUGGUACUGGGGAAACAGAUUUGGCUGUGACCCUUGAGUCCCCGAGGGCUGUCACACAGCUGUCUCCCUCGCCCAAGCACGUCCGGCUAGGGAGCUGCCAUCGCCUGGGUUAGGCAAGGGAGUAUUCAGGAUUUCACUGUUCAUCUCAGUGCAGAGAGGGAAAAAAAGAAAGGCCGAAAAAAAAAAAAAAUCCCACAUUGUCAGAGUAAUGCCAAGCUCUCUGUGAGUGGGAUGAGCUGAGCAGAUGCUGCGAGGAGAUGCCAAAGCGGCUCCCCUUCCUCUGUGCCUUGGGUUCCUAUAAAUUGCUCCGGCGCGCGUUUGUCAGCCUCCUCUUCUCCUGGCAGGUGGUACCCAGGCAGAAUUCUGUGCUCAGUCUCUCUCGCUGGGCUCUGGGCUAGGCGCUUGCCCUCUCUCUAGCUGGCUCCCAGGCUCCAGCCCGAGGCUCUCCCAGCCACCGACUGCGCACCCGGGGGGCGCCCGGCCAGAGCUCGCGCAGCCGACGCGGGGCUUUCGGGGUGCACCUUUGUCAGAGUUGUGGCUGCAAAGCAGGAAGGAAAAGAAAGAAAGAAAAAAAGAAAAAGGCAGGGGACGGACGGACCCGGAGAGUGAGAAGACCAGAGGCAGAAAAAAAGGCAACUUCAGACGCAAAGUUGGUGCGAACUGGCGCAGUCUGCAAAAACCGGAAAGUCGAUCUCGGGCAGCGGCUACAUAAAAGUGUGAGCUGCGGGCGAGCGCAGGAGGCGGCGGGCUCUGCCUCGGCGGCAGCCACAGGUGCGCAGGGGCUCCAGCGGGCGCCCUGGGCUCCCCUCCCCCGGCCCCCGCCCCCCGCGAGGGACUCCAGAUCCAGGCACUCGGCGCCCCAGCUCCCUCCCCAGCUGCAGCCUCAGCGGGGGCAGCCGGAGCCGGCGAGGAGCCGGCGCCCGCCCGCCCCAGGGACUUGGGGUUCCGAGGGGGAUCGUUUUCGGCUCUGAGGAGGUCCCCGCCCAACCUUCAAAAUUUUGUCCAAAAGCAGACAAGAGGAUCGGCCCGCGCUGAGCCGGCUCGUGGGCAGCAGGAGGCGCCUGAUCGCCGCCGGGGCGCUGGGGGUGGUGAUGGUGCUCCUGCUGGUCAUCCUCAUCCCGGUGCUGGUGAGCUCGGCCGGCACGUCGGCGCACUACGAGAUGCUCGGCACCUGCCGCAUGGUCUGCGACCCCUACGGGGGUACCAAGGCUCCCAGCACCGCCGCCACGCCAGACCGCGGCCUCAUGCAGUCACUGCCCACCUUCAUCCAGGGCCCCAAAGGCGAGGCCGGCCGGCCGGGGAAGGCAGGCCCGCGUGGGCCCCCCGGAGAGCCGGGACCUCCGGGCCCUGUGGGGCCCCCGGGCGAGAAGGGAGAGCCCGGCCGCCAGGGCCUGCCGGGUCCACCCGGGGCUCCCGGGCUGAACGCGGCCGGGGCCAUCAGCGCGGCGACCUACAGCACCGUGCCCAAGAUCGCCUUCUACGCGGGCCUCAAGCGGCAGCACGAAGGCUACGAGGUGCUCAAGUUCGACGACGUGGUCACCAACCUGGGAAACCACUACGACCCCACCACCGGCAAGUUCACCUGCUCCAUCCCGGGCAUCUACUUCUUCACCUACCACGUCCUGAUGCGAGGAGGGGACGGCACCAGCAUGUGGGCUGAUCUCUGCAAAAACAACCAGGUGCGUGCUAGUGCAAUUGCCCAAGAUGCUGAUCAGAAUUACGACUAUGCCAGUAACAGCGUGGUUCUUCAUCUGGAGCCAGGAGAUGAAGUCUAUAUCAAAUUAGAUGGUGGGAAAGCCCAUGGAGGGAACAACAACAAAUACAGCACAUUUUCUGGAUUUAUUAUUUAUGCUGACUGAUAAUGCAGAAACUGACCUUGCUGUUCUGAGUUUGAACACUGGAUUCGUAUGGCUGACGUCAGUGAAUCAAGGAUCCCAGGGGAUGCCGAUAUCGGGGCACCUCAGUUGUGUAUAUGUGGGGAAAUCAAAUGCUACCUGACUCACAUCUGUAUCACUCAGACACAUUAUGUAAAAAAGUAUUUAACGCAAGAUAAGCAGAUGUGCAAUCCACUACCGCCAAAGCCAAUACUCCUUAUCGUUAGUGUCCAUGUGAAUGAAGUACUAUAUAGAUCACAAAUUUUUAUAGAAAAAUCUAAGACACUGAAUUAUUUCUUCAAUAUCUAUGAUACUUUGGUGUACUGUGAUCUUGCUGCUUUUAUCCAUGUGUCAGCUUUGGUUUGUGUGAGUUCAUCUGCUUAUUAUGAUACUUGGAUUCUAUUUGUAGUGUGGGGAGGAAUCAUUUUACCCUGCAGGAGAAGGUCUAAUUGAAGUAAUGCUGCUUGUCCCCAAAGAAAUUGUUUGCCUUGUACUCUUGUUAACUUUAGAGCUAGACCUGGGAAUGAUUCAACUUCAAGCCUUAACCUGGAAUUUUCUGGAUUUGUGGGAAUUCCCAAGCCUGUGACCAUUUUCACAUUUAUUUUUUCCUUUUCAUGUGAAUUUUCUUUUCUCUUUUCUGGUGAUAGUCUUUAAAAAUAGAGAUUGAAACUGUAUCAUAGGAUUACCCUCUUAAGUGUGAAAAUGUGUAAUUAUGUAUGGUAUUUAGAAAUAUCCCUUCUGUGUCCAUUUUGUCAAUAGAAUACAUUUAGACUCACUUGGAUGCCAGAGAACUUUAUUCUUUGGUAUGAAAUCAGACUGAGGCUUUUGCCUUCUUUGGAACAAAACAUUGUUCAUAACCCAAGGCACAAAGGUUUAAUUUGGCCUACUGCAUGCGUCACCAAGGGGACACUAAGUAAGACCUUCAAACAGUUACUACAAAUCUUUGGCCUGAGGUUAUUUCAAAAUUAACCAUUUCACAUAGAGCCAAUAUGACAGUAAAGUGUAUAUAUUUUAUAUAAAUACUUGCCACAUACUUAUUUAUAUACAUAUAUAUGUUAGAUGAAAUAUUAUAUAUAUGGCCCUCAGUCCACAAGGCACAGAGGCUGCAGAGCCUCAAAAUUAAUUUUAAAAGUAUGUAUGUAUACACUCACAGAAUCAUGCAUAAAUUAUUUGACUUACUUUAGAUUGAAAUAUAUUUUAGAUGAUAAAAAUAUAUGGAAUAGCAAAACAAUAAAAAGGCUUCUCUUUAAGAGUUAUCCAGAAAAUUAAAUCUCAGUAAAUUCAAACGCUCUGCAUUUCAUGUGUAUGUGAAGCCUGUGGCUGCUGUAUUGCCGUAUGCCAAUCAAUACUUCAACUGCAUUCUCUGGUAGACUGUUAACACCCGGAUGACAGGAUCCAAGCAGCUCUCCUCCACAAUGUUUAUGAAAUAUAUGCAUUUGAGUUAUCAUUUUUUCCUUUCAGGUGGAUUGGAGCCGACAAUACAGUGCAAACCCAUUCUCUCUAGUUACAGCGCACUGCCAAGAGCCAUCUCUUGAAGGAAGAUAUCAGAAUGCAUGCAGAUACAUCCUACUAUCUCACAGCUUCCACUCUUACAAUGAGAAAUCUCUUCCUCUUUCAGUUUCCUUUAAACACUCUUUGACAAGUAGAUUUCAAGACCAGAGAUGUAAAAAUCUGCUUGCUUUACUAGUGAAGGACAUUUGCAUUUUUUCCUUUAAAGGACUUGGUUUGUUCUCCUGGCUCAUUUCAUGUUGGUACUUUUUGUUCUAACACACAGAAAGCUUGAUCAGUUAUGAUCAGCUGAAAUAUCUUUAGUUUAGCAAAUUUCGACUUUCCAAGAGUUAUGCAUGGUGCUCCCAUCUGAAGGUGGUGUUUGCUAUGUUUAAAUGCCUUGGUCUGAGUAACUGUCAUGAUUUAUAUGAUAAAAACACUUAGCUCACUCAUCAUGAGUAGUGACUAAUUCUACUUGGCCCUUCUAAUGUGUAAGGUUCCUCGCAAAUGAAUUGCAAUAGUUUUAAUUUUUAUUUAACAGCAUAUAUUUAUCAGAGGAAUUGGCAGCAAGAGAUUAGAGAUUUGUCAUAGGUAUCAAAUCACAUAGAAAGGAUUGAAUUAAAAGAUUAAUAUAUAAACAGCAGCGCACACCAAUUAAGCAUUUUAACUAACAUUUUUUUUAAAAAGGCUGUAUUGGCACAGAACAUCAUGGCUGGAUAGCUUUCAAAGAGCAGUCUUUAUAAUCAGGCUGUCAUUUCCAAUAGAUUUGACCUUUUCCUUAGAUAAAUAAACAUUAUUUUCUCUGUUUAGGCCUGAGGAAAAACAAAGUAAAGGAAAUAAAGGGAUAUACGUAAGGCAAGCAUUUCUCUUUUUUUUUUCAUUAUCUUAUGAAUUAAUUAAAUUGUGGCCUUUGUUAUACAAAUGUAAUAAUUCAUUAAACUAUAUUAUGUAACAUAUUUUGACUUUUAUGGUUGAAUUUUUAGAAUUCAGUACUGUUAUGUGUUCUUAGACAAACUAUGCAAAACACAACAAAAUGGACACUCAAAGCUGAUUUAUUAUAUGUUUAUAGAUAGAUGGAGAACAUAAUUAUCCUUUCAAGAUAUUUUCAUUGCUGUGAAUUGGUAAUUUCAUUACAACAUCCUUUGGAAACAAAAUAGUCUCAAAAUUUAACUUUCUUUGUUGCAAAACCUAUUUUAAAGUGUCAUAUUAGUCAUUAAGCAUUAAUUAAAGAACAGCAGGGUAAUUAGUAGGAUCAUCAAUAUUACAAAAUCAUUAGCUUGCUCCAGAAGGGGGCAAUGUAACUAGAAACACUUUAAAUUUUCUCAAGUAGUGCAGAUGAUGGAGUUGGAAAAUAGAAAAGACCUCCAAAAUUAAUCUUAGGGGAUAUAGACUUUAAAUUAUUUAAAUUCUGCAUUUAGUCACUUAAAUCAUUGUUUGGAAAUGCCUUCCUUUGUAUUUAUUUUAUUAGGACAAAACACUAGGGCUCGCUUGGGCCCAGUAGCUCCCCAAGAGAUGCCACUGUAAUAGUUACCCAACU